GUGACAGUACCACUGCUUGAAUUAUUAUGUUUAUGUUCAUAAUAAAGCAUCAUAACAGUACCAAACAUAGUUCAUCAAUUCCUGAAACCCAUUUUAGAGUUUAUUGUUCUUGAGCUGAAACAAAAAAUACCUUUGCUCCCUGUCUUUCAGGAUUAAUCUCUUAUAUUUCUUUCAGUUUUUUGCUAUUUUCCCAUUCCUAUUGCAAAAACAAAAACCAAAACUCAAAAAAAAGUGAAGGAAAGUGUUCUCAUAUUUUUAAUUUGUACUCACUCUGUUCAUUUCAAAGAUUGGAGUUUCUUCAACUAAUAGAGAGUAGUAGAUCAUUCAGUUUCUCUUUUUGGAAACCAAUUUGCAUCAGUCUUGUUGGAUCGCACCAUCAAUAGCACCAGUUGUUCCGUUGAUUCAUAAUCUAGCAGACUUUGACUCAAGUCACAAGGAAGAGCAGUAAGAAGAAGAAAAAUCAAUGGAAAUUUUAAUUUCUAUUGUUGGAAAAAUAGCAGAAUAUACCGUUGUGCCUAUUGGACGUCAAGCAAGUUACUUGAUAUUCUACAAAGGUAACUUCAAGACGCUAAACGAUCAUGUUGAAGACCUUGAGGCUGCAAGAGAAAGAAUGAUCCAUUCAGUUGAAAGUGAAAGGGAAAAUGGUAAAGAAAUUGAAAAAGAUGUUCUGAAUUGGUUGGAGAAAGUGGACGGGGUCAUUAAAGUGGCGAAUCAGCUUCAAAACGAUUCUCGCAAUGCAAAUGUUAGGUGCUCACCAUGGUCAUUCCCAAAUUUAAUUUUGCGUCAUCAACUAAGUAGGAAUGCCACAAAAAUUGCAAAUAAUGUUGUUGAAGUUCAAGGGAAAGAAAAGUUUAAUUCAUUUGGUCACCUUCCCCCUCUAGAUGUAGUAGCCUCCUCCUCCUCAACAAGAGAUGGUGAAAUGUAUGACACAAGAGAGUCACUAAAGAAGGACAUUGUGAAGGCUUUAGGAGAUUCUACUUCAUGCAACAUUGGGAUCUAUGGGUUGGGUGGGGUGGGCAAGACCACUCUAGUGGAGAAAGUUGCUCAAAUAGCCAAGGAAAAUAAAUUGUUCGAUAAAGUGGUUAAGGCAGAAGUAUCGAAAAAACCAGACAUUAGAAGAAUUCAAGGGGAGAUUGCAGAUUUCUUGGGUCUGCGAUUUGAAGAGGAGAGUAUUCCCGGCAGAGCAGAACGCCUUAGACAAAGAAUCAAGAUGGAGAGAAGUGUCCUUAUCAUUCUAGAUAACAUAUGGACUAUACUUGAUUUGAAAGAAGUGGGGAUACCAGUUGGUGAUGAACAUAAUGGUUGCAAAUUGUUGAUGACAAGUAGAAAUCAAGAUGUGUUGCUGCAAAUGGAUGUCCCAAAGGAUUUCACUUUCAAAGUUGAACUUAUGAGUGAAAAUGAGUCAUGGAGCUUGUUUCAAUUUAUGGCAGGGGAUGUGGUUAAAGAUAGAAAUUUGAAAGAUUUACCAUUUAAAGUGGCCAGAAAAUGUGAAGGUUUGCCUCUUAGGGUAGUGACAGUAGCGCGUGCAAUGAAAAAUAAGAGGGAUGUUCAGUCUUGGAAAGAUGCAUUAAGGAAAUUACAAAGUAAUGAUCAUACAGAGAUGGAUUCGGGAACUUAUUCUGCUUUGGAAUUGAGUUACAACUCAUUAGAGAGUGAUGAAAUGAAGGAUCUCUUCUUGCUUUUUGCAUUACUGCUAGGUGAUGAUAAUGAUAUAGAGUACUUUCUCAAAGUUGCAAUGGGGUUGGACAUAUUGAAGCAUGUUAAUGCCAUAGAUGAUGCAAGAAACAGACUUUACACAAUAAUCAAAUCUUUGGAGGCGGCUUGUCUUUUGCUUGAAGUUAAAACAGACGGAAAUAUCCAAAUGCAUGACUUUGUUCGUGAUUUUGCUAUCUCCAUAGCAUGUAGGGACAAACUUGUACUUCUAAGAAAACAAUCUGAUGCUGAAUGGCCAACCAAUGAUUUUCUAAAAAGGUGCAGGCAGAUUGUUCUAGAUAGAUGGCAUAUGGACGAGCUUCCUCAAACGAUUUCUUGUCCAAACAUUAAGUUUUUUGUGUUUUCCAAUGUGAACCGUUCUUUAGAAAUCCCUGAUACUUUUUUUGAGGGUAUGAGAUGCCUUAGAGUAGUAGAUUUAACGGGCUUGAACUUGUUGUCAUUACCAACAUCGUUUCGGUUAUUAACAGACCUUCAAACAUUGUGUUUGUAUCGAUGCGUUUUGGAAAAUAUGGAUGCACUAGAAGCUUUGCAAAAUUUAGAAAUUCUUUGCCUUUGGAAAUCUUCAAUGAUCAAGUUGCCAAGAGAAAUAGGGAGAUUGAUUCGAUUGAGAAUGCUUGACUUGAGCCAUUCAGGAAUAGAGGUAGUCCCACCCAACAUCAUAUCAAGCUUGACUAAAUUGGAGGAGUUGUACAUGGGUAAUACCUCUAUUAAUUGGGAAGAUGUGAGUUCAACGGUUCAUAAUGAAAAUGCUAGUCUUGCCGAGCUUCGAAAACUACCCAAAUUGACAGCUCUAGAAUUACAAAUUCGUGAGACUUGGAUGUUGCCAAGGGACUUGCAAUUGGUGUUUGAGAAGCUGGAAAGAUAUAAAAUAGCUAUUGGAGAUGUAUGGGACUGGUCUGACAUCAAGGAUGGAACCUUAAAAACAUUGAUGCUCAAACUUGGUACAAACAUACAUUUGGAGCAUGGAAUUAAAGCAUUGAUUAAAAGUGUUGAGAAUUUGUACUUGGAUGAUGUAGAUGGAAUUCAAAAUGUGCUUCCUCACCUAAAUAAAGAAGGAUUUACAUUGCUGAAACAUCUCCAUGUCCAAAAUAAUACUAACUUGAAUCACAUUGUUGACAAUAAAGAGAGAAAUCAAAUCCAUGCGUCCUUUCCCAUCUUGGAAACACUAGUACUUCUUAAUCUUAGAAAUUUGGAGCAUAUAUGUCAUGGUCAACCUUCAGUUGCUUCUUUUGGAAGUCUCAGUGUUAUCAAAGUAAAAAAUUGUGUCCAGUUAAAGUAUCUUUUCUCCUUUACAAUGGUUAAAGGACUUUCUCACCUUUGUAAGAUUGAAGUUUGUGAGUGCAAUUCUAUGAUGGAGAUAGUGUUCAGAGACAACAAUUCAAGUGCUAAUAAUGAGAUCACCGAUGAAAAAAUCGAGUUUCUUCAAUUGCGUUCUUUGACUUUAGAACAUUUGGAAACACUUGAUAAUUUCUUCUCAUAUUAUUUGACACAUUCUAGAAAUAAGCAAAAGUGUCAUGGUUUAGAGCCGUGUGAUUCUGCACCAUUUUUUAAUGCUCAGGUUGCAUUUCCUAAUUUGGAUACCCUUAAAUUGAGCUCACUUCUCAAUUUGAAUAAAGUCUGGGAUGACAAUCAUCAAUCUAUGUGCAACUUGACUAGCUUGAUUGUGGAUAAUUGUGUUGGAUUGAAGUAUUUAUUUCCCUCUACUUUGGUUGAAAGUUUUAUGAACCUCAAACACCUUGAAAUAAGUAACUGUCAUAUGAUGGAGGAGAUAAUAGCUAAAAAAGACAGAAACAAUGCACUGAAAGAGGUUCGUCUUUUAAAUUUAGAAAAAAUCAUAUUGAAGGAUAUGAACAACUUGAAGACAAUAUGGCAUCGGCAAUUUGAAACAUCGAAGAUGUUGGAAGUGAACAAUUGUAAGAAAAUUGUGGUGGUUUUUCCUUCUUCAAUGCAAAACACAUAUAACGAGCUUGAGAAGUUGGAGGUUAGAAAUUGUGCUUUAGUUGAAGAGAUAUUUGAAUUGACUUUCAAUAAAAAUAACAGUGUAGAGGUUACGACACAUUUGAAAGAAGUUACUAUAGAUGGACUGUUGAAGCUGAAAAAGAUAUGGAGUGGAGAUCCUGAAGGAAUUCUUAGUUUUCGAAAUCUAAUAAAUGUACAACUAGUUAGUUGUAGAAGCUUGGAGUAUCUAUUACCACUCUCCGUAGCCACUCGUUGCUCACAUCUCAAGGAACUUGGUAUAAAAUGGUGUGAAAACAUUAAGGAAAUUGUUGCAGAGGAGAAAGAAUCUAGCUUGAGUGCAGCUCCCAUAUUUGAGUUUAAUCAACUAAGUACUUUAUUGCUUUGGAACUUACCUAAACUCAAUGGUUUCUAUGCUGGAAAUCAUACUCUAGCAUGCCCAUCUUUGAGAAAAAUCAAUGUCUCUAGAUGUACAAAGUUGAAAUUGUUCAGAACACUAUCUACAAGAAGCUCCAAUUUUCGAGAUGACAAACCCUCUGUUUUAACGCAACCACCACUUUUCAUUGCUGAAGAGGUGAUUCCAAACUUGGAGCUGUUGAGGAUGGUACAGGCGGAUGCUGACAUGAUAUUGCAAACCCAAAACUCAAGUUCCCUCUUUUGCAAAAUGACCUAUCUUGGAUUGGCUAGCUAUAACACCGAGGAUGCUAGAUUUCCUUAUUGGUUUCUUGAAAAUGUGCAUACUCUUGAGAAUCUACAUGUUGAGUGGAGUUGCUUCAAGAAGAUAUUUCAAGAUAAAGGACAAAUAAGUGAGAAGACUCAUACACAAAUCAAAACACUGAUGUUGAAUGAAUUACCUAAACUUCAACAUAUAUGUGAUGAAGGAUCUCAAAUUGACCCAGUUCUUGAGUUCCUUGAAUACUUAAGGGUUCGUAGUUGUUCUAGUUUGACAAAUUUGAUGCCUUCCUCCGCCACCCUUAAUCAUCUCACAAAGUUAGAGGUAAUAAAAUGCAAUGAGCUAAAAUAUUUGAUCACAACUCCUACUGCACGAAGUUUAGACAAGCUCAUUGUGCUGAAGAUAAAAGAUUGUAAUUUACUUGAAGAAGUAGUUAAUGGAGUAGAAAAUGUUGACAUUGCUUUUAUUAGUUUACAAAUUUUGAAUUUGGAAUGUUUGCCAAGUCUCAUCAAAUUUUCCUCUAGUAAGUGUUUCAUGAAGUUUCCAUUAUUGGAGGAAGUAAUUGUGAGGGAAUGUCCUCGGAUGAAGAUUUUUUCAGCGGAAAACAUAAGUACACCAAUUCUUCAAAAAGUUAAAAUUGCAGAAAAUGAUUCAGAAUGGCUUUGGAAGGGAAACCUAAAUGAUACAAUAUACAACAUGUUUGAAAAUAAGGUGGGAUUUGGUAGUUUCAAGCAUUUAAAACUAUCUGAAUAUCCCGAGUUAAAAGAGUUGUGGUAUGGUCGACUUGAGCAUAAAGCAUUUAGGAGUUUGAAACAUCUAGUGGUUCAAAAAUGUGAUUUUUUAUCAGAUGUUCUCUUUCAACCUAACUUGCUAGAAGUGCUGAUGAACCUGGAAGAAUUAGAUGUGGAGGAUUGUAAUUCAUUAGAAGCUGUUUUUGAUUUGAAAGAUGAAUUUGCCAAAGAAAUUGCGGUGCAGAGUUCUUCUCAACUGAAGAAAUUAAAACUAUCUAAUCUUCCAAAACUGAAGCAUGUAUGGAAAGAGGAUCCACAUUACACUAUGCGGUUUCAAAAUUUAAGUGAUGUAUCUGUGGUGGGAUGCAAAAACUUGAUAAACCUCUUUCCACUCUCAGUGGUUAAAGGUAUGUUGCAACUUCAAAGUCUUCGAGUAAGUAAAUGUGGCAUCCAAGAAAUUGUUGCCAAGGAAGAUGGAACAGAAGAGAUAGUUAAAUUUGUGUUUCCACAAUUAACAUCCAUUAUACUUGAACAUUUGCCAAAACUUAAGGCAUUCUUUGUUGGGGUCCAUUCUCUUCAAUGUAAAUCAUUGAAAAAGAUCGAUUUGUUUGGAUGUCCAAAAACUAAGCUAUUUCAGGCGGAGCCUUUGAGACACCAAGAAAGCUCAAGAAUUGAUGAGCUCAAUAUCCCUGAAUAUCAACCUCUUUUUGUGAUUGAAGAGGUACUUGCCAAUGUGGAGAGUUUGUCUUUGAACAAAAAAGUUUUUGGCAUGAUAUUGCAGAGCCAAUAUUCUGGGGUUCAGUUCAACAAUGUCAAACACAUUACCGUGUGCGAAUUCUACAAUGAGGAAGCUACUUUUCCAUAUUGGUUCUUGAAAAAUGUUCCUAAUUCCGAAAGCUUGUUAGUCCUAUGGAGUUCCUUCAUGGAGAUAUUCCAAGGCGAACAAAUCAUAAGAACGGAAAAGGAACCUGAAAUUAGCCUACGACUCAGAUAUUUGGCUUUAGUGCAGCUGCAUAAGCUUAAAUGUAUAUGCAAAGAAGGAUUUCAGAUAAACCCCGUUCUACAGAUGCUUGAAAGUAUAAUUGUGUAUCAGUGUUCUAGUCUGAUAAUGUUAGUUCCAUCCUCUGUUACCUUUAGUUAUUUGACCUAUUUGGAGGUAACAAACUGCAAUGGGUUGAAAAAUUUGAUAACACACUCAACAGCAAAGAGUCUUGUCAAACUCACAACAAUGAAGAUUAAAAUGUGUAAUUGGCUUGAGGAUAUAGUGAACAGUAAAGAAGAUGAGACAAACGAGAUUGUAUUUUGCAGUUUACAAACUCUAGAACUAAUUUCUUUACAAAGACUCGGUCGAUUCUGCUCAUGCCCAUGCCCCAUUAUGUUUCCGUUGCUGGAAGUUGUAGUCAUCAAAGAAUGUCCUCGAAUGGAACUUUUUUCAUUGGGAGUUACCAACACAACAAAUCUUCAAAAUGUACAAGCUGAUGAAGGAAAUCAUUGGGAGGGUGACCUCAACAGAACCAUAAAGAAAAUGUUUUGUGAUAAGGUUGCAUUUGGUGAAUUCAAGUACUUAGCCUUAUCUGACUAUCCUGAGCUAAAGGAUGUGUGGUAUGGCCAACUUCAUUGCAAUGUGUUCUGCAAUUUGAAACAUCUUGUCGUGGAAAGGUGUGAUUUUUUAUCACAUGUACUUUUUCCAUCAAAUGUAAUGCAAGUGCUACAGACAUUGGAAGAACUAGAAGUAAAAGAUUGUGAUUCAUUAGAAGCAGUGUUUGAUGUGAAAGGUAUGAAGUCACAAGAAAUAUUGAUAAAAGAAAGCACUCAAUUGAAAAGAUUGAGUUUGUCUACUUUACCCAAAUUGAAGCACAUAUGGAAUGAGGAUCCUCAUGAAAUUAUCAGCUUUGGAAACUUACACAAGGUGGAUGUUUCUAUGUGUCAAAGCUUGUUAUAUGUCUUUCCAUAUUCACUAUGCCCAGAUCUUGGACAUCUUGAAAUGCUUGAGAUAAGUUCUUGCAGAGUCAAGGAAAUUGUUGCAAUGGAAGAAACUGUAACAAUGGAAAUUCAAUUUAAUUUCCCCCAAUUGAAAAUCAUGGCACUGCGUCGUUUGUCAAAUCUCAAGAGUUUCUAUCAAGGAAAACAUACUUUAGAUUGCCCUUUAUUAAAGACUUUUAAUGUAUAUCGUUGUGAAGCAUUAAGAAUGUUUUCUUUCAGCAAUUCAUACUUUCAACAACCUUACUCGGUUGAUGAAAAUCAGGCCAUGCUAUUCCAACAACCCCUGUUUUGUAUUGAAAAGUUGAGUCCCAACCUGGAGGAAUUGGCAGUAAAUGGCGCAGAUAUGUUGGGGAUAUUGAAUGGUUAUUGUCAAGAAAAUACAUUUCAUAAAGUCAAAUAUCUUCGUUUGCAAUGCUUCGAUGAAACUCCAACUAUUCUUCUGGAUGAUUUCCAUACAAUAUUUCCUAAUGUUGAAACAUUUCAAGUGCGUAAUAGUUCUUUUGAAACAUUGUUCCCCACUAAAGGAACCACAAGUUAUCUUAGUUUGCAAAUGUCAAAUCAAAUAAGAAAGUUGUUUCUUUAUGAAAUGGAAAAGCUAGAACACAUAUGGCAGGAAGACUUUCCACUGAAUCAUCCUCUGUUCCAAUAUCUUGAAGAUUUACGUGUACUGAAUUGUCCAAGUUUGAUAAGCUUGGUAUCAUCGUCGACAUCUUUCACAAAUUUAACCUAUUUGAAAGUGGACAACUGCAAAGAGCUCAUCUAUUUGAUACCAUAUUCAACAGCUAAAAGCCUAGUUCAACUCAAAACAUUAAUAAUAAUGAAUUGUGAGAAGAUGUUAGAUGUUGUGAAGAUUGAUGAAGAAAAAGCAGAGGAAAACAUCGUAUUUGAAAACUUGGAAUACUUGGAAUUUACUUCAUUGUCAAGUUUGAGAAGCUUCUGCUGUGGGAAACAAGCAUUCAUAUUCCCAUCUUUGCUCAGUUUCAUCGUUAAAGGAUGCCCUCAAAUGAAGAUCUUCUCAUCUGCACUCACAGUAGCACCAUGCCUCACAAAAAUUAACGUGGGAGAAAAAAAUAUGCGAUGGAAAGGUGAUCUUAACAUAACGAUUGAACAAAUGUUCAAAGAAAAGGAAGUCUCGCAUUCUAAUUAAUAUGUUGAAUGAGACCAUCAUCUAUCCUCACAUUUGCAAGACGCAAGAAACAUGUGAGAAGUAGUGCCAAGGAGCUAUUUAUAUUGGCGUUUGAAAGACUUUCUUUAUUUUCUAUUUAUGCUGUUAUUUGAUUGGCUUGCAUAUCAAGUACCUUCUAUUGUAAUUUUACUCUCAUUGCUCUGGUGGGUAGCGUCGAAGGAUUCUUUUACUAUGUUACAUAUUUGUUAAUUGUCAUAUUCAAACAUGACAUUUUAGGUGGUGUUUCUGCGUGUUUGAUGGAUAUCACUCUUUUUAUUUCAAAAAACCGAACAUUUCUAUUUGGACAAAUGGUAUGUAUGCAUGCUAUGUCCUAAGCCUAUGUGCUAGUGUUUUGUGAAACUUUAUUAAAAGUUUCUAUUGGAAAUAUUGAAACUAUAUAAUUCAUAACAAUCAAAGACAAUCAUCUUCUCAUGUUUUGGCAAA